AUGAGAUUUUUUUUCUUCUUCUGUUUCUUUUCUCCUUUCAUUCUUUUUUUUUUUAAUUCAUUUUUCCCAUUGAUAAAUGCAUUGAACUUUUUAUCUAUCUAUCUAUCUAUCUAUCUAUCUAUCUAUCUAUCUAUCUCAGUCUGUUCUAUUCAUUGUCCCAGUUUGACAGCAUUCAUCUAUCCAUCUAUCUCAUCUAUCUAUCGUAUCUAUCUAUCUAUCUAUCUCAGACUUAUCCAUCCAUCCAUCUAUCUAUCAUCUCAUCUAUCUAUCUAUCUAUCUAUUCUCAUCUAUCUAUCUAUCUAUCUAUCUAUCUCAGUCUGUCUGUAUCUAUCUGUCUAUUUGACAGCAUUCAUCUAUCUAUCUAUCUAUCUAUCUAUCUAUCUAUCUAUCUAUCAGACUGUUCGUAUCUAUCUGUCUCAGUUUGACAGCAUUCAUUCAUCUAUCUAUUCAUCUAUCUAUUCAUCUAUCUAUCUAUCUAUCUAUAUCAGACUGUUAAUGUAUCUAUCUUUUGAAAGCAUCUAUCUAUCUAUCUAUCUAUCUAUCUAUCUAAGAAUUCCAUUUAUCUAUCUAUCUAAAUCAGACUUCUGUUCAUUAUCUAUCUGUCUCAGUUUGAUCUAUUAUCAUUCCGAAUUCAUCUAUCUAUCUAUCAUCUAUCUAUUUAUCUAUCUAUCUCAGACUAAUAUCCAUCUAUCUAUCUAUCUAUCUAUCUAUCUAUCCCAGACUUUUACACGAUAUAUUCAUCUAUCUAUCAUCUUCAUUCAUCUUAUCUAUCUAUCUAUCUAUCUAUCUAUCUUUCUAUCAUUAUCUAUCCAGUUUGACAUCUAUCUAUCUAUUAUUCAUUAUCUAUCAUUCAUCUAUCUAUCUCAGACCGUUCGUAUCUUUCUGUCUCCGUUUGAAUCCAUCUAUCUAUCUAUGUAUCUAUCUAUGGUAACUAUCUAUCUAUCUAUAUAUCUCAGUCGAUCUGAAUCUAGUAAAGUUGACACUAUCAUUCAUUCAUCUAUCCAUCUAUCUAUCUAUCUCAGACUACUUUUUCAGUCAUCUGUAAUGCACUUAGACAUAUAUCCAUCUAUCUAUCUAUCAUAUCUAUCUAUCUAUAACAGAUUCAUUCAUCUAUCUAUCUAUCUAUCUAUCUAUCUAUUUAUCUAUCUCAGUCUGUUCAUUAUCUAUCAUCUGUCCCAGUUUGACUAUCUAUCUUCUUUCAUCCAUUCAUUUCUAUCUAUCUAUAUAUAUCUAUCUAUCUAUCUAUCUAUCUAUAUCUUUCUGUUCGUAUCUAUCUGUUCCAGUUUGACAAUUCAUUCAUUUAUCUACAUUCAUCCAAAAAAUCUAAAUAUAUAUCUAUCUAUCUAUUCAUCUAUUAUUCAGUCUGUUCGUAUCUAUCUGUCUCAGUCUGUUCGUAUCUAUCUGUCUCAGUUUGAUACUAUCUAUCUAUCUAUCUAUCUAUCUAUCUAUCUAUUAAUCACACACUUUCUUUCUUUCUCUCUCUUUUUUGAUAGUAUCUAUCUAUCUAUCUAUCUAUCUAUCUAUCUAUCUAUCUAUCUAUAUCUGUUUCCUAUUUGUUCCUUUUCCUAUCAUAUCUAUCUAUCUAUCUAUCUAUCUAUCUAUCUAUCUAUCUAUCUAUCUAUCUAUCUGUUUGAUAUCAAAUCUACAAAUCUAUCUAUCUAUCUAUCUAUCUAUCUAUCUAUGAUAUUCUCUCUAUCUUACUUCUCACAUCCGGUGAAAAGAGGUCAACUUGUCCGCUCUCAUACACAACUCUUCCCUCCCUAUAUUACUCCCUUUGCCGUAAAUCUCUCUCUAGACAUGCAUAUCUAUUUCUCUUUUUCCUUCUUUUUCCUCCUUCCUCUUUCCCUCUCCCCCCCAUAUUAA